AUGUAUUGCUUGAUUACAUUGCUGUUCAUUCUUUCUGUGUGUCCAGCUGCCACCUCAUUGAAUUGUCAUCAACCAAGAGAUCAAGGAUACGAGUGCGCAGAGAAUGCUAAAAGCAUACGCUUCUAUUAUGAUACUAGAAGAGGUGUUUGUCAACCAAUGGCAUACAAAGGCUGUGGAGGUAAUGAGAACAAAUUUGAAUCAGCUGUUCAAUGUCGAGAUGACUGUCAGAUGAAACCCAGAGAAAGAGCCAAUAGCUCCCAGAUUCGAGAUGACACUCUAAUCGUGAAUGCUUGUGAGCUCGACACCGAUGCCAAAAUCUCAGAGAAAGUUAAAAGCUGUGGCAGCGGUUGCCCAGACGGGUACGAAUGUAACGAAAACAAACAUUGCUGUCCCACAAGAUCUUUCAUUUGUCGUUUACCAGUAACUUCUGGACAUGAAGCUGUAAGCUUGAAACAUUAUGGACGUUUUGCUUACAUGCCAGGGUUGGAGAACUGUUUGCGGUUCAGCUACUUUGGCGCUGAGGGUAAUUACAAUAACUUCAAAACAUAUAACGACUGCAAGAAAUUCUGCAUGGAUGGCAUGUAA